CUUGAGGCCUUUUCUGAGAAAUUUCAUGGGUUGGAGGUCAAGAUCGAUUCGUUGCAUACUUCCCAACAGAAGAUUUCAUCUGAUUUGGUUGAGUUGAAAGAGUUUGUGUCUGCACAGUUUGUUUCUUUUGGUGCUCAGAUGGCUUCAAUGCAGACACAGUUUUCUACUGUUUUUGCCGAUUCCUAUGCCAAGGAAAAAGGCAGUGACUCUUCUAAUGAUGAUGAUGGAGGUGGUGAUGAAGCAGAUUUUGAUUUAAAUGAAUCUGAAGAAACUGAUGAAAAUGAAGAAGAGAAUGUUAUGGGUGAUGACGAAGGGGAGGGUAGUGAAGGUGAAGAGAAGGAUGAUCAAGCCGAUGAAGAUUCUGACUCAAAAGAAAAAAAUGAUAAUGGCAGUGAUGAUGAUGCCACUGAUAGUGAGGAGAAGGUAGAUAAGUAGACAAUGUAACUAGGUUUUAGUUACUUUGUGUGGUUUAUUUUGUUGUAAGUCCGUUUUAGGUAGUGCUCUUGUAAUUCUAUGUUAUUGUUAUGUCUCUUGUUAUGUUUUAUUUUUCAGAAAUUUGCAACUAUUUUCAGACUAUUUAUUUGUAUUUAUUAUGUUAUUUA